AUGCGAGAUUUUCCUUUGGCAGCAGGAGGCACACCCCCAGAGAAUGCUGGAGCUGCAAGGGGAAAGGACCUAUUUCCGCAGCAAAGAAAAACCAAGAGGAAAAAGGCACAUAGGUUGCCAGCGCUGAAGGACGCAGCCAGCCAGCAGUGGGCUCCUGCCUCUGCCCCCGGCAGCUGUUUCUGCUGCAGCCCGAGAGGAACUCGGUGA